UUUUCGAGAAAAAUUAAUGUUGUAGGAUGCAGAAUGAGGUUUUCGAUGCUGCUAGGUCUUCUUUCUUUUAUUCUAAGCACGGGUCACAAUGACGCCUCUCAGCAGCGCUAUGCAAGAUCUGUGGUGAAUAUGGACGACCUAUUGAAAACAGAAGAUGAUCUGGUCCAAAAUUUAGAAAAGUACACAGCUGUGCUCUUACAGAAAGCAAGAAUCAUUAGGUGGGGAAUCCAUCAGAUGAAGGAACUGCACAGGAAGAGAAAGAUAUUAUGGAACCGUCCUUUUAUCACAUACUCCCUCAUUCGUCACAUGCAGGCUGACUGGUUGAUGUGGCUGGAAUAUCUAGAAAAUCCUGAGGCAAUGAAGCAAUUGGAUUAUGUAAAUGCAACAAAGGAUAUCUUGCCGCAGGACUAUGACUUUGAGGAUGCUGCUGAUGCAAUUAGAAGAUUGCAAAGAACCUACGUGAUGUUAUCCAAAGACAUAGCCAAGGGCUUGUUAAAUGGAGUGCAAUACAACGCUUCACUGGCAUCUAUUGAUUGCCUCGCAAUGGCUCAUCACUUAAUGAAGCAAUCGCGCUGGUCGAUUGCAAAUCAGUGGAUUCUGGCAGGUAUUGAAGCCCAGGAUCAGCAAGGUUCUAAGACGGAAAUGCAGUUACUGACGGGACCAACGAAGGCUGAACUCUAUAGAUCCUUGGGAAAAGUGAAAAUAGAGCAGGGAAAACUAGAAGAAGCCUUGGAAGCUUAUCAGGCUGCCCUGGAUCUUUCACCCCAUAAUGUGGAAAUAUUCCAGGAAUAUCAGAACUUAAGAAGUAGAGCUUUUACAUUAUGACUAGCCGACCCGAUUAGAAAGGAACCAGAUGAUGAUAUUGAAGAAAUGCAGUUGCCGCCCUGUUGCCGUGGUCACUGUGAGGUGCCCAGUAAACUUAAAAGACUAUAUUGUGUGUAUAAUCAUGUUACCGCUCCGUUCCUGGUACUUUCCCCCAUCAAAACGGAGAUCCUCUCGCUUGAUCCCUUUAUGGUGCUCCUCCAUGACAUGGUGUCCCCAAAGGAGAGUGCUUUUAUACGAUCUUCCAGUAAAAAGCUCCUAAUGCCAUCCGCAACAGUCAACGCCGCCGAUCCAGACAACUUUGUUGUCGGGAAAUUCCGCACUUCAAAGGCGGUUUGGUUCGAUGGCGAUGCCAAUGAGGUGACUUUAAAGCUCACCCAACGCUUGGAGGAUGCAACUGGUCUGGAUAUGAACCAUUCGGAGGCUUUACAGGUUAUGAACUAUGGUAUAGGAGGCUUCUUCGAAUCCCAUUAUGUUAUUCUUUCGGAUGAAAAUCGAUUCCAAGAGGGAUACGUUGAUCGAAUGGCUACCACUCUUUUCUACCUAAAUGAUGUUCCGCAAGGUGGUGGCACGUAUUUCCCAGGACUAAACAUCACUGUUUUUCCGAAGUUUGGAACGGUUCUUUUCUGGUACAAUUUGGACACGAAGGGAAAUCAGCAAAUCCGAACAAUGCACACAGGCUGUCCUGUCAUCGUAGGCUCGAAAUGGGUCGUCAGCAAGUGGAUAGACGACAAAGGACAAGAGUUCAGAAGGCCCUGUGUCAAAGAAAGGUCAAACACAAGAUUUGUGUCAUCCAUGGAAAGGCUUAUUAUCUAGCCUAUUAUGCUAAGUUAACUUAUUAUUAUUUUAAUGUUCUUAAUAUACGUGACUAUAAAAGGUUUACGUUAACGUUUUUUUAA